AUGGGGCUGGGAAACAAGCUGGACUAUCUGUUGACGGCCGACGGAGUUCUCAACUUCUUCGAAGUGUGCGUGGGCUGCGUACUGCUUUACCAGCUGCGCACUGGUCCCGUGGUGUCCUCGGGCGAUGCAGGUCGGCGCCACUGGGUGGCCGCGCUUCAGUUGAGCGCCUUCUCGUUCACCUGCAACGCGGCGCAGCUUCUCGUCGCUGCAUGCCUGUCGCCCACCACCGGAUACCUCAUGCACCACAUGCUAUACUACGCCGUGUGCCUGGCGUCUCCGGCCGCCACCUACGGAGCCAUCAGCUUCGCGCUCGUCCGACAGGAGGGAACGUUCACACCUGUCACGAUGUUGGCUUCUCUCGGCGCAGGACUCCAUUUCGUCCACCUCGUCAACGUGCUGUCCGAGAACAGAAGCCAGAACAACUACAAGCACAACCUGUGA